UCUUUUUCCUUUUUUUUUUUGCGAAAAUCAAAGUUUAAAAAUAAUCAUUAUUUGAGCAAAUAUCGUAUCUGUUGCAAGAAGAGAUGCAACACUUGCUGUUUCAGCCAACGAAUCAACUGUCAAUGUUUGUUUUGUUUUCAUAAAAAACACGUGUUUUCUUCAAGAAAAAAAAAAGUAUUUUUUAAUUUGUUAAAUUGAGAGAAAAUAAAAUCAGUAGAACAAUGGUGAAGCACAAGAAUUCUAGACAGAAAGGAAAGGGAAAUGGAUACAGGAAAAAGAAUUACAAACAUUCCCGGAAAAACUCAUUCAAAGGGAAACCAAAAAAAGUUGAUGGUGAAGAUUACAAAUUCGUUCGGAAAAUGAAAACUAUCCAAAGGAACACAGAGAAUGAGGAAAUACAGAGGAAGCGACUGCAGAUUGAAGCUAGGAGCCUAAAGCGCAAGGAAAAAUUUACCUUGGGAUAUCAGGAGGAGGAAGAGGAGAGUGGCAACGAAGAGGAGAAUGAUUACUACGACAAAGUUCUUUCAAUGUUGAAUGUUUCGAGCAAAGUAAGUAAAGCAAUAGAGACUUCCUCUGAGGAGGAUGAUAGCAAUGAUGAGAAUGAAACACAGAGCGAUAAUCUAGACAAUGAUGAUGAAGCUAUCGAUGAAGACACAACUGAUGCUGAUGAAGAAAUUCCUCCCAAACGUAACAAACUCACCGAUAACAGUGAGGAAUUCGAAAGCGAAGCUGAUGAUGAGGAGGGAAACUUAUCAGACGCAGAUAAGGUGGAUUCUGAAAGUGAGGAAAAGACAGAGUCCCCUGAUGAUCCAUAUUUGACCCAUUUGGACUACGAUCUCAGUCCAGAAUUGUAUAACAAUGUGGCAAAGGAAUGCGAAUAUGAAGAAAUUUGUGAACAUAAAAUUAUUUCCUGGACAGUUCUUGGGAGACUUCUGGUAAACAUCCCCAGAAGCGAUAAAAGCCAAAAUUCUGAACCUGCUACAAAGAAAAAGUUUCUUUUGCUGGAAGACGAAGAGAAAUUCGCCACUGAAGGUAAAUUUCCAGAAAAGGUGUCACUAAGAGAUGCAAAUCUCAAUGAUCUAUACUUAAAAUCUCGACUACAGAAACACGCUGUUAUGUUGAAUAGAAAAAUUCUAGGAGAUAAAUUGGAAACGGAUUUAGCAUUGACAAAUCUUCAAGCAGAACUUUUCUCCAUUAUUAAUAACUAUCAAGAUCUCUAUAUGCCACAAAGAACCUUUGAAAAUUCCGAAGAGAUUCGCUUCACCUACUGCCUGCAUGCUAUGAAUCAUGUUCUAAAGAGCUACACUAAAGUCACCCAACACAACGCAAAGAUGAGCAAAGGUUCAGAGAGUUCCUCCAAGGCGAAGAAAAAUCAGGAAAUAUUCCGCGAUCAAGGUCUAGUCCGACCGAAAAUUCUCAUCAUUCUCCCAUUCAAAAGUGCCGCCUAUCACGUCAUCAAUAUGCUCAUUGAACUCCUCGUCCCAGAACUAGCUGGGAAGGUGAUUAAUCACAAACGCUAUGUUGAGGAAUUUACUGGGGGUGAAUUGGAGUUCCCACAGAAGAAUCCAAAACCAGAGGACUACGAGAAGAUCUUCUCUGGGAAUUCAGAUGAUAAUUUUCGUAUUGGGAUUUCCGUCACGAAAAAAUGCCUAAAACUCUACUCAGAAUUCUACUCUGCGGACUUUAUUGUGGCUUCUCCGCUGGGUUUGCGAAUGAUAAUUGGAGCAGCUGGAGAUGAGAAGCGUGACUACGAUUUCCUGGCAUCCAUUGAGAUGCUCAUCAUUGAUCAAAUGGAUGUUAUAUUGUCGCAAAAUUGGCUUCAUUUGCUUCACAUCUUUGAUCAUCUACAUCUCAACUUGCAAACACGUAAAAACACAGACUUUGCUCGAGUCCGAUCUUGGUGCGUCAACGGAUGGUCUCGCUUCUACAGACAAACACUCCUCUUCUCCAAUCACGAUCUACCAGAAUUUGUAUCUCUUCUCAGUAGACAAUGUCGCAACUACAGAGGCAGUGUUCGUGUAGCAAAUCCCAUCACAGUGGGAUCUGUUCAGAAUGUGAGUGUGCAAAUUCAUCAAGUUUUUCAUAGGAUCGAGGUAAAAUCCCUGGAGACAGCCAACGAUACGAGAUUUGAGUAUUUUGUGCGAACAAUUCUGCCACGAUUCAAAGCCCCCUUCAUGGCGCAUUGUCUGAUUUUUGUACCAAACUACUUUGAUUUCGUGAGAAUACGGAACUACUUCAAAAAGGAAUCCAUUAGCUUCGUGCAAGUCUGCGAAUACACAGAAGAUGCCAAGAUGGCAAGAGCUAGAGACAUGUUCUACCACAGUGGAGCGCAUUUUAUGCUCUACACCGAAAGGGCACACUUCUACCGGCGUACCCGGAUAAAGGGAAUCCGUCACAUUGUCAUGUACCAACCACCAUCGUGGCCACAUUUCUAUCCAGAACUACUCAAUCUCAUGCAGACGUCGUACCAGAACCCAAGAGACGGUCUCGAAGCGCACACGUCCAUCACGGUGCUAUACACAAAGUAUGAUGCUCUCCAGACAGCAGCUAUUUUGGGAACGGAACAAACUGCUGGCAUGCUGCGAUCCAGCAAAUUAACCCAUACCGUCGUGAAGGAAAAGUAGGCGUCGCGGCGCCUUUUGGCGGGAUUGGCCUGGCGCCAAAAUGCAACUCAUUGAAGUUUCAAAACUCACCGCUGGAAGUUAUGGCGCUGUUGAUCGAGGAGGAAGUGAGAAAAUAUAUGUUUUUCAUAUGCCAUCUCA